AUGCUCGAUUCCGUCUCUUCGGAGCGGUUUGCAAGUGGGAUGCCGCUGACGCGGGCGCUGCUCGAGUCUUGGGCAACGCCUUCAGCGGCGGCAGCGGCCGGGCAGGCGGCCACUCAGAGCGAUGGCUGGCGCGCUUUUCGGUAUGAGCGGUUCGCGGUGGUGGGCUCGAACUCUCCGCGCAAUCAGUUUCCACUAUUGUCUGGCUAUGGAUCACUGGAGUAUGCUCGCGACCAUGGCGGCCUCGCCCUCGACUGCAUCGUUCCUGGCUUCCCCGACACCCGCGCUCCGACCAACCAUUCUUGCCACCGCUGGGUGUUUGACUCAUACCGCGAGGCGGGCUACACAACCAUGUUCGGAACAAACAUGUGCGAUUGGGGCGUGAUGGAGGAAGUGUACCCCUUUGACACAGCAGCAGCGCCAACGGACCACCACUUGAUGCAGCCUUGGUGCCACGUGGAUUAUGACGUUGAUAAGCUCUACUUUCGGCCGGUCUCGCGCUGCUUUGGGCCAGUGCCCGCACACGAGCCGCUGCUCACAUACGAGAGUCAGUUCCUCGCCGCAUACGAGGGCGCGCGCCGCCUCUCGUGGACGGUCUAUCUCGAGGGACACGAGCCUUCCUUCCGCGUGAUGGGCUCGCUUGAUGCGGCGCUCGCGGCGCACCUCCUCGCGCUGCGAGCUCGACACGGCCACGACACGGCCAUCUUUUUGGUCUCCGACCACGGCAUCCACUACGGCACCUUCUACGACGGCUCCCCCUCUGGGCCACGCGAGCACGCCACGCCGCUCCUCUACGCGCUGCUGCCGCGGCGCACUCUCGCGGCUUGGCCGCAGCUCGAGGGUGCGCUCUCCGCAAAUAGACGCAGGCUCUUCUCGCCGUUCGACCUCCACGCAACUCUCCUCCAUCUGCUAUCCUAUCCCCACCCGCCGCGGCUGCCCGAUUGGUCAACCGCUGCCAUUCCUCUCCGCGCCAAGAGCAUAUUGCAACCGCUGCCGCGCGAUAGAGAGUGCGAGGACGCCGGGAUACCUGCUAGCAUAUGCCCGUGCUUGCAGCACGCUUCAACUGAUACCUAA